AUGGAUAUGCUCGACGCAGCUUUUGUCAAUCACGACUAUUCUUCAUUUCAUCCAGCUCUCGUGCCAUCUGAGGUGCCGGGCGACAUUCCCUCAUACCUCGAUUCGUCCUGCGCAGGUGUCCACAGUGACAACCCAGAACCUUCGCUUGCUCGUUCUCAUUUCUGCAUUCCAGGUCAAGAACAUUACGUCGAAGACUCCUUCGGCACAGACAGCGAUGGGCUUGGGGACUUCUGCUCCCCCAACUGCGAGUUUUGCUGCUCUUUUCCCACGCCGUGGCAAGUGUGCUAUCAAUCUGUCGAAGAUACCUUAUUGCAGGAUGCAACGAGGCUUGAAAUCUCUCACACCCCUUCGACCUUAGAACCUUGGUCUCCAGUGUGCACGUCGACCAGCCACUCUUCGCAGGCGAGCCCUCCAGCAUUAUGGGAGGAGAUAGGGGGACACAAUUACUCCGCGGGUGUUUCAGUUCAUGGAGGACAACAUCCUAACUCAAUGCAACAACCAGGAUUUCCUGUACAAUUAGACUGUCAGCUUGACCGGAAGAUUGACCCGACAUCGCCGGAUCCGCAGAAGAUCAAGAGCAAAAGUCUCCACCGGGAGCACAAGCGCGAGCACGAUGGUCAAUAUAGUUGUGCGACGUGUCAAAAGACCUUUACAGGAGCGGGAAAUCUCGCAAUACACAUGAAAAUGCACGGGGCUGGACCAUACGUGUGCCAAAUCUGCACCAAAGAGUUCCCCAGGGCCUCGAACUACCGCCGACACCUCAAUGUUCACAACGAGAAUCGCCAGAAGAGAAAGUGUCCCAAGGAUGGCUGUGGCAAGACAUAUGCUUUUGCGGGUUGCUUGUCCCGGCACAUCAGGUCGCACUAUACGGACUACAAGUGUGGCGAUUGUCACAAGGUGUUCAAUCGGUCGGAUCUCAGAAACAGUCCUCCGAUCUGGACGGCGCCCGUGGUCGUGGCUGUGGAGCAUAUGCUAAUCUCUCCCAAGACACCAGACCAAGCACUGCCGCAAAGCCCGAGAGCGACGAGCAGCCGGGGAUCUCUUGCUACUGCAACCUCAAUAUUGACAGUCACAGCCGUUGCAGGAGUAUCACCAGGUCAACGAGCCGGUCCAUAG